AUGUUGACGUUCAGUCAUCUGAACGCAGACGCAUUCGAGAACCCCAAGAAAAACGGUCGAAAAAGACCCCGCGUUCGGGAGCCCGUAGCAUGUAACCAUUGUCGAAAAAACAAAGUGCGCUGCGAUCGCAAGUCACCAUGCAAACCGUGCCAAGAUCGUGGAAUGAACACACAGUGCACUUACUCCCGGUCCAAAAGUCCAGUUUCAGAAUCUGUAUCAAUAAUAUCCCCUCGAAGCGCAGAGAUCGAUCUACUCGCGUUGCAACAACCGACAACCCGUUCCUCCGAUGGCGAGAACUUUGACCCUCGAUCAGUUCUACCACACCAAACCACCGUCAGUCAUGCCAAUAGUGCCUUCAAGGGGUCUAACUUCAAAACAAGGCUGAUUGGUGGCACCCAUUGGAUGGCCGUGUGCAGCGAUUUGCCCGUAAUAGGGGCCAUGCUGGAGAAGACUGUUCAUUUCCAACCGACAUGGAGAACUUUCGCAGAAGUCAAAUAUCUCCUUCGUGUCGCAAACUCGGUACCAGCCGGGGUGAAUGGAGAUAGUAAGAAGCUACAGAAUCUCCUUCCCGAUCGAUCGACCUGCGAAAAGUGGAUCAGGCGAUAUUGUGAAACAUAUGGUAGAAUCUACCAUGUGGUCGACCAGAACUGCCUGAUCACUGAGCUGGAGGAAAUGUUGAUCGAAUGCGUCGAUGCUAAUGAAGUGCACGUUCUCAAGAUACUGCUGGUCAUUGCGAUUGCCAUGCAGACCGACAAGUCAGAGCGACUACGUGGGCGCAUGAUACUGCAAGAAGCUGAGAGCCGUAUUCACACAUCGACACAGUUCCAAAAACCUUGUAUCGGCGUUAUGCAGGCCUUGUUAUUGUUGCUCAUCAUGAAAACCAUCACUGCCUCUGACACUGACAAGAUUUAUAGCCUCGGAGGUAUCAUGGGGCUGACUACGCAAAUUGCUCUGAGCAUGGGCUUGAAUAGGGAUCCGGCCUUGUUCCCCGGUGUCACUCCUUACUAUGCAGAAGUUCGAAAACGAUUAUGGGCGUGUUUUUUUCGAUUGAACCUCGACUAUUGCAUCCGGAGUGGGUCCCACUUUGGUAUACGGCUGGAAGAUGUGGACUGUCCUCUCCCAAGCCCUGUCGACCUUCUAACCCUUGACCCUGAGACCAUGACGGAGUCAGGUGGCUUGUUGAACCAUAGCCAGAAAGCAACGGACCAGGCUUUCAAUAUCGCUGCAAUGAAGCUCGCUAUAGUGAGAGCUCCAUUGCACCAGCGACUUUGCUCCAUAACUCCUCAAUUAUCAAGCGAAGUACGGAAUCGAAUGCGCGAUUCCUUCCACAAGAUCCUGCGUGAGUUGCCUCCGAAUCUGCAAGAGGGAGCUUCGUCAUGCAGUCCAAUGGAAAAGCUUCAACAAGCCUUGUUAUCAAUGAGCGUGCAUAGCUUCAUGAUCAUUAUCACACUCAAUUUUGUCCUAGGAGUCCCGUCUCAUAAUUCACAGCGGGCUGACCUCUAUGAUUUAUGGGACAAUUCGGCGUCUAUUCUCUGUCAGUUGCAGGAGGUGUUACAGAUUAGCACUGAUCUGUCUAGCGUGGCGUACCAUCUUCUUUGGACUGACCUUGCCCGCGCAGCCUUGACCGCAUGUUUGGUGGUUGGUCGCCUGCGGAGAAUCAACCUGGGAACAACGGUCUCCAAUGGCCCCCAGCCAACGCUGGUCAUAUUUCAACAGCUUUUGCUGAAAUAUCUAGACUCGUUAUCGCACAUUCUAGCGGGAAGAUACCACCUCGGGCCUGUUGCAGCGAAGACAAGACUUGUCCUUGGUGUCGCAACAGCUGUCACCUCAAGCCUGAUCAACGACUUUGGCGACUCACAACAUGAUUCCAAGUUCUUCAAGGUUGGCAUCAAAGCUGCCGAGGAUGUCGUAGCCGAGAUGGAACGUUCCCUGAAACGUGAAGAACAAGACUCAACCCUAGCCUUGCUGGGAUUCAAUAGCACAGGGACUUCGGCACUACCAAGUGCACCCACCCCUCUUGCGGCAAACUGGAUGGACCAUGCACAAGUUCCAGAUCCCUUAAUUCAGACCUUGUUUCCGAGCGACUGCAACUUUUACCCAGAUUCAGAAUCUCAGGGUCUGGAUAUGCAGUCCGAUCUAUGUUUAUCAUAUUCCAUGGCGCCAUUCAAAUCUACUUCGACGAUCCAAUCCACGCCUAGUCUUUUAUGGGAAGACGUUUGA